UUAACCUUCCCUUCUGAUUCCAGGUGCGGAAGUGCAAUGUGACUUUGCCAAGUACCAUGUCACUGUGUGAUUGACCAUGGAGGACACUCUGGUGGCAGGACGAACACCACGAGUCGUUCGUGAGCGGGAGUGGGAGGCCGUCACAUCCGAGAGCCUGACCGAGUGGCUGCUCGAGGCUAUCCACAAGAUCAAGAAGCAGAAACAGCGUCCGUGCGAAGAGCGCAUCUGCAACGCUGUGCAGGCUAGUCACAGAGUAGCGAGAGAUCUUAUUCUGCAACACCUUGAGACCAGCGUUCAAGAGGGCGCAAUCCUGAAGGUCAUCAACAAGGGCGUGUGCUCGUACAAAGAUCCGCAGAAGUCCCCGGGAUCGAAGUCUCGCACGUCCUCGUCACACACCCAUAAGGUGGACAUUGUGAACCUAUUAAAGGAUGCCAUCUGUGAGCUUCAGGAACCGGCGGGAUCCAUCCUCAAAAACAUAGAGAAGUUUCUGUGGAAAAAACACCAUGCCGAGCUUCGGGACAAGUCCGAGUUCAGCAACCAGUUGAGGCUUGCCGCAAAACGGGAGGUGAACGCCGGGCGUCUCGUGAAGGACGGGAGACUGUUCAGAUUGCCGGCUAAGAAACUGGACUUGGGUGCUGGGCCCUCGUGUUUUGACUAUCUCAGUAGUAGUCCUUCUUCGCCAGGAUCGGUGUCAAGUAUAGACAUUGUUGUGCCUGAUACGGACAGGACAAACAGAGUCUUAAGUAUGGAGGAUAAGCCGCGUGCCUCCCCCAUGCCAGUCUGUUCCUUCUGCCUGGGUACAGCAGAGUGCAAUAGGGACGGCCAGGCAGAGGAGCUGUUGUCGUGUGCAGAUUGUGGCAAUAGUGGUCAUCCAUCGUGUUUGAAGUACUCCCCGCAGCUCACGGCAAAAGUUCGCAGCAUGCGAUGGCAGUGUAUUGACUGUAAGACCUGUACUGCUUGUGAAAAUAAGAAUGAUUUGGACAACAUAUUGUUCUGUGACGCCUGCGACCGUGGAUUUCAUAUGAAGUGCUGCAACCCUCCGCUGACCAAGAUGCCUAAAGGUAACUGGGAGUGCACUUUGUGUGAAGAUAAUCCCACAAACGACCAAGAGGAACUGAAGCAAUUGGCUAACAGUAUCAAGAAAAAGUACAAGAAGAAAAGCGCAAGCACAUCACUUUUACCAUUGAUGAAGAAUGGUGCGGAGGAGUCAUCAUGUUCAGAAGUGAGAUCGAAGCAGCCUUACUUUGCAGACAUCAGGGACAAGACCAAGGGACAAGGUAGUCCAGCUCACAGGAAGGACUCUUCCAAGGGGAGGGGGGGUCAUGAUAAACCAUUGUCCAGUGACGAGGGCUCGGCGGCAGCUAAACCCAAAGGUUUGGUUGAUGGCCUUACCCGAUUCUUUACACCAGGCAACAAGAGAAAGACAUCCCGGUCACAAAGUGUCCAUGAUGAUGUAUUUAGCCUGUCUUGCGAUGAGGCUGUGUUGACUGGCAGUGCCAGCCAUGGAACAAAUGGUCAGGAGGAGCCCGUAACAGCCGCAGGCCUCCUAGACACAACCUUCAGACCGCAGGGCCACUAUCAAACUCCAGGAAGAGGGCAGGUCAAGGGUUUGUUCGACGGACUCUCACACAUUUUCACUACACAAGGGGAAACAAGGAAAAGGAGCCUGCCAUUGUACGCCCCUCCAAAAAAGAUCAGUAGACCCGACAAACACUUUGAGCCGUUUGGUUUUCUCAGUUCAGAAGAGGGUUUGCAAAGUUCAGAUUUGGAAAGUUGUGGGCAGGGGCCAGCUUUGGAUUUGCUUGGUGAAACUCGGGAUAAGGUCAUGAUGUUGGCGCCCAAGUCAAGACAGGAUGAGAAGCUGGUUUCCAGUCCAGCAGGCGCUGGCAGCCCCUACAAGGGGCGUGGCGGAGGAAGGGACAGAAAACCUUUGGGGCCAGGCAGUGACAAGGCAGCACUACCUGGAGUCAACGACGAGGAUGUGAAACUCUUCAAGAAAGCUCAGGAAAUCGCAUUAACGCAAAUGCAACCCAUAGCUCCAGAACUGUCAAUAGAGGCAGGAACCCGCAGCCCUGCUGUCAUCGAGUUCGGUAGACACGAGAUUCAUACCUGGUACUCCUCGCCAUACCCACAGGAGUACGCCAGGUUGCCAAAGUUAUUCUUGUGUGAGUUUUGUCUGAAGUACAUGAAGAGUAGAAGUAUCCUCAAGAGGCAUGUGAUCAAAUGUGGCUGGCACCAUCCUCCAGCCAAUGAAAUCUACCGCAAGAAUAACUUGUCUGUCUUUGAGGUGGAUGGUAACGUUAACAAGAUCUACUGUCAGAACCUGUGUCUGCUAGCCAAACUGUUCCUGGACCACAAGACCCUGUACUACGACGUGGAGCCCUUCCUGUUCUAUGUGCUCACCUUCAACGACAAGAAGGGAUGCCAUCUCGUUGGCUACUUCUCCAAGGAAAAACACAGUCAGCAGAAGUACAAUGUCUCCUGUAUCAUGACUAUGCCACACUUCCAAAGGAGGGGAUUUGGACGCUUCCUCAUCGAAUUCAGUUACCUGUUGUCCCAGCGUGAGGGCCAGCCUGGGUCCCCAGAGAAACCUCUGUCUGACCUGGGGCGCAUAAGCUACACUGCCUACUGGCGCAGCACCAUCCUCGAGUACUUAGCAAAACAUAAGGGUGAUCACAUCAGUAUAAAGGUCAUCAGCGAGGCCACCGGGAUGUGUCCACACGACAUUGCAGCCACGCUACAGAGUCUCAAUAUGGUCACUAGGAAGGAGGACAGGGUCAUGAUCCGUGUAAGGAAGCGACUUGUGGAAGACCACAUGACCCGUUUGGAGUCCGCUGUGGAGAGGCGUGCAGAGGUGGACCCGGACGCCCUGCGUUGGUCACCGCUGAUUGUGUCAAACACUGCCAUUCUGGAGGAGGAGAAGAGUGCGGAGAGGGAGGUGGAGCGUAUGGGAGCCCUGGUGCGGGACAUAGAACAGGAACAGAAGGUCCACAGACAGCCCAAGCCUCACACCAACGUUAACAGAAGUGUCAGCAGGGAAGCAGUCAAAGAGAAACCCACAGUUAAACAGAAGGAAGGACGUCAAUCAUCUUCCAAGAAGAGUAACAGGAAAAAGAAGUCCAGCUCAGGAAGGCACAAACACCACAAGUCCAACCGCAAGAGCAAGAAAGCAGCCAAGAUGGAAGAGAGCAUGUCUUCCGAGGCAAGGACCAGCAGUCCAGAGCGGGCAGCUAACAAGUCCUUUGACUGUGGUGACAGCUUGGUGUAUGAUGGUGCGACCAAGUCAGACUCUGGCCAGACCAAGAACAGGACCAAGAGAAGCCAUCAAGGGCAAACCAAAGACUCAUCGUCUACCCUGGACCAACACAACCAUGUCAACCAGGACGAGGAACCGCCUCACAAGAAGAAGAAGGGGAAGAGCGAUCGGCAGGGACAACAGAAGGGGAAAAGGAGUUCCAGCUCCAAGAACGAGCACAGGCACAGUAAGAAACAGAGAGAAAGCAGGCACAAGUCUGGGAGGAAACCAGGCAGACCAAGGAAACACCCCGUAACAGACAAUUCAUCAGGUUCACACAAAUCUAGACAUGAUGGAGAAUUCACAGAUAGAGGCAGCUGUUCGCUCCUGACGCAGACACUGUCUGCAGGACUAGAUGAUGUCACAAACUGUCCCAACCUGUCGGACUGCCUGGAGGACUCAGACGAAGAGGACGACAGGAAAGAAACGACUGUUCCCAUCCAGGAGACAACGAGCAAGGGAGAGGAGCAGGCUGUAGUGGAGGACAUCAACAUGGCGCAGGAAGAGAAGGAGCAAGAAGUAGAAGAAGAAGACCAUGUGGAGAGAAAAGACAGUUCUGAAGAAGUUGUGAACAGAGAGGAGGCAGAGGAAGUGUGCCACAACGAUCCUGAGCCGUCCUCUCCACCACCACAGCAACAACAGGAGGAGGAGGAGAAAGAGGAGGAACAAGAUGAGGAACAGCCGGUGUGUACUCCUGUAGAGGAGGACAUGCCUGUUCCUCAGGUGGACACUGAAGGCAAUGCUGCUGCACAAUGUUUGGAAGACAGUAUAUCAGACACAUGUGCAUCCACACCAACAGAACAGCCUGCUGUCACCAUGACAGACCAGCCUUACCACGUGGACACCCUGUCCCCCCUCCCCCAGAACACCCCCUCCCCUCAACCUCCCCAGGAUAAAAGUGAGGUGCAGGUUGCCCAGCCGGACCACUGUGUGUCUGAGGACCAGGCUGUCCCACCGACUCCACAGGAACACAGCAGUCCAGAGAGGCCUCUGGAGACCUGUGUGCCUGCCACUACACCCCAGCUCCCUCCCAAGCUGCAGAGUGACCACAGUGACUAUGGCAGUGAUGCCAACAGUCCCAAUCUGGAGUCCCCCAGGGUGAUGAAACAACCCGCAGACAUAGCCGUCAACAGUGACAGACCGUCUCCCACAGUAAUUCACACCCUGUCUGACCGACCGGCUUCAUGCGAACAACAACAGCACACAGUAGUACAAACUGGUAACAUGAUGACCAAAGAACAGUUGUGUUCACAGACGGGAGCCCCCAGUAUCCAGCAGACUCCCACACAGUCUCCCCACGCUGUCAGUCACCAGAGCACCAACCCCUCUCCGCUCAGGCCGGCCAGUGCUGGCACGGGGUCGUCGUCCUGUCACAACAGCCCCAUGCUGCCCUGCAGCAUGAACAGCCCUGCUGUGGACAACGGCAGCAACACCCAGCCUUCCUCUGUGCCCAGUCCAUCUAUGGGCAACAUCCAGCACCAUGGGUCCAUGCAGGAUGGGACUACGUACAUGAGGAUGAGCCCGGGGGUCGGUCAGCAGCUGUCCUCUGGGUCAGCAGGAAGCAGCUGUUCUCUCUCUGCCAACACGUCCAGCUCUGCGCUGCCUCCUGCCUCCGGUAUGGCCAUGGUGGACAGCAGUAACACCGGUGUGGCGCCGGCCAGAAUGAUGUACAGUACCACAUCUGUGUCGACCAAUUGUAACAUGGCCAUCGUGUCCAGUGCAGACUGUAGUUUAAUGAUUGACAAUUCCCACUUACAACAAGGCUACAGUAUGCCCAUCCACACCACAAACUAUUCCAGUAUGGAUCCCACGCACCAUGUCCAGCCUCCGCUGAACUAUGGUCAGAUGGGCGCACAGCACGGCCUCAUGGAAACCUCUUGCCAAGUGUCAAAUGCGUAUCUGGGUAUGCAGGACAAUGGGCCCGGCGGAAACCACAAUGCGUACAGUAGUAUGGGAACGAUGUUACGCGGACGGGAAAGUCCCAACACGAGCACCAGCUUCAGCCUUGCCAAACUGCAGCAGCUCACCAACGGCAUUAUGGAUGAAUCCCAAUUACGUAUGCCAUCUCCGGGCUCUAUGCACGCCCAACCAGGCAUGACCCCGCCUCCUAACCUCACCCCUCCCCCUCCAUUAGCAAUGACUCCUCCCUCCCCUGUUCAACGUAAUAUGACCCCCCCAGUCCACAACCGGUCUGCCCCCAGUCCAGGUGUACAAGGUCACAUCGUCCAGACCAACAUGAACAUUCAGAACAAGUCAAACGGACCGGUUCACUUCCGUCCCCCCAUGCAGCCGGCCCCUCCCCAGCAAUACCGCCCACAGUACAGACCGGGGCCCGGCCCACCCCUGCCAUCUUCCCGCCACCGCACCAUCAGCCCCAUGACCGGUUACAGCGCGGUCAACAUGAAUGGGUACCGCCUGGCGCAGCCCAUCAUGAACAGCACAUACCAGCCUGUCAACCCUGCCUACAUGGACCAGGCUGCACGCGUACCCGUUCAGAUGGGUGUCAUCAACAUGCCCCCCCACCCCCAACAACAGCUACACCACACCCGCCAUUCCAACAUUAUGUACAGCCCCGCCCCUAACCCCUACGCCAUGAACGGCCGUCUGAACUCCAUGAACACUGGUAUGCAGCGGUGACUUAGGUCUGGGUGUGAAGACCAACUAUCGGGGUUUUAGGAAAACUGGAGAGACAAAGGACUUAUGUCUGCUGACUUUUCUCUCCACUAUUUGUAGGAAUUGUCUGCUUUGUUACUCUUGUAUGUUUUAUUCUAUUUCAAAUGUAUCUUGAUGAGAGAGCUGCAAGUGAUGAAAGAUUUGAUUGAGACGGUAAUGUCAACUUUCACUCGAUGUACAUGUAGUCUAUUGUUGAAGACUUCUCUUUUUGUAUAACAUUAAAAUAUUUGUGUAUAGCUUACCUACCUUUCACAUUUGAUUUUAAAGUUUUUUCACAAGUUUCAGGGACAUUUGCUAAUUUUCACCAUGUAGUAUGGCAUGAUUGACAUGUAAAACAUGGUAGAUAGUGGAAGCUGUUUAAACUCGUUCAUAAAUGGAGCAUUCCAUUAAUACUCUGUCAACAUGAUGUACCAUAUCUUGCUGUUUAUACACGAUAAUUAAGGUCUCAUUGAGAAGUGACUGCUCGCAAAAUUAAAUGUGAAAUGCAAUGUUGCAAGUCUGUUGACUUCUGGUCAUCUAUCAAAAUACAAGAACUCCAUUUGCUUUAGAACUAACCACUAAUCGACUUGUUUUUAGUCUCUCCAAAACAUCUGUUAAAACUGACAAAAGUGUUUUUGGAAAAAUGAAGUCAAUGAUAGACCCAAACUUAUUCAGGAAAUAAAAUGAUGUGCCAAACUCAUACAGUUUUUAGGGUUGUUGUCUGCAGAGAGAACAGUGAAUGUUUACAUUGUCUCUGGAUUUUCUUUGGCUUCUUGCUUGGCUGCUUGCACCAAACAGGCUAUCUACCAACCAAAAAUAAAAACC